AAACAUGCCUAAGUUGACUUCAGCUUCAAACGAAGGUAAUAACAGUGUUUCCUCAGGUACAAGAACUGAAAUUGGAACCUUCAUGACUCCACCACCAACAUCAUCUAACACUUUUACAUAGCCACCAUCAAAGAAAAAGAGAAACCUUCCCGGCAACACAGGUUUUCACUAAAAUCAAGGUGCUUGUUAUGAAGCCCGAUGCUCUUCGGGCUGGGGUAAGUGCUAGUGAUACUGUAAGGACACUUGGAGUUGCCCCAGCAAUGGCGAAUGAGCAUCUUCUGUCUGCUGAGAGCAAGGGUUUGCUAUGCAGAGAUAUAAGUCCGGAUGGAUUUCGUUUCUAUAUUAACCUGACUUCAGAGAUUGCUGAGCAAGCAAAAAGACGUGAUGGGGUUGCAAGGAAAGACCCAUCCUUCAAACCACAAGGUGGCCAAUUAUGGGAAAAUGAUAUGGACUAUGAUACUGAUAAGAAGUCAAUGGCAACACUUAGACGUCAUCUUCGGGGAGCUACUGAGGAGUACUAUAGAUAUAAAAGGUAAGCAAUUAUCAGUUUAGUAUUCUAAGUGUGUUUAUUUGGAAAAUUGCUCUUGAAUCCUUUACAUGCUUUGUAUAUAUUCUUCCAAGGAGGAUAAACUGGUAAUAGAACAUUAGUUGUAUGUUUAAAAAUAAUCUCCUUUAGAUUGUACAACACACUACAAAUACUUCUACUAGGUUCUUUUUCUUUUUAACCUUAUUUGAGUAAUCAG